AUGCCUUCAUCAGCCCCCCUCAUUCGGUCCAAAUUGAACGGUCAUAAUGACCACAAUGGGCAUAGCGGGCAUAAUGGACACACUGCACACAAUGUUCACCAGCCGGAAAUUCCCAUCAGCUACGACAUCAACAUCCCCUACGUCGACGUUGACAAACUCUCGCAAAUCAGCACACCCUAUCCUCAAUAUCUGCCUAGCUGGGAUCCCGUCUGGUUCGAUCCUCUUCCCCCCUUUGAAUACUCCGAUCCAGCUCUGCGUGUCAAAGACCCCUCCAUGCGCAAUCUGCUCACACCCAACGUCACCGUCGACCACAUCCAACCGAACAUCGGCUCCGUGGUCCGAGGCGUUCAACUCAAUCGCCUCUCGGAUGCCGCCAAGGAUGAACUGGCCCUGCUCAUCUCCCAGCGCAAGGUCCUUGCCUUUCCCGAUCAAGAUCUCAUUGACGACGGCCCGGCCGCCCAGGAGUCCUUCAUGCGCUAUUUUGGAAAACCCAACUACCAGCCCGUCUCGGGUACCGUGCGCAAUCACCCAGGCUUUCACGUCAUCCACCGCAAUGGCAAUCACGAAGAAAUCGCCCGCUUUCUCGAACAGCGCACCACGACGACCCUCUGGCAUCAGGACGUGAGCUACGAGAUCCAGCCACCGGGGUACGUCAUGCUAGGUCUGCUGCAAGGGCCCGAGGUGGGCGGCGACACCGUCUUCGCGGCCACCGACAUGGCAUACAAGCGCCUAUCGCCGACUCUGCGCGCCUUCCUGGAUACCCUGCGAUGUGUGCAUUCCUCAGCCAAGAUGAUUGCGCACACGCGCCUGACGGGUGGAUUGGUGCGCAAGGACCCCGUGGACACGCUGCAUCCGUUGGUGAGGGUGCACCCCGUGACGGGGGAGAAGUGUUUGUUUGUGAAUGCCGAAUUUAUCACCAAGAUUCAGGGCAUGAAGGAUCCCGAGGUCAAGUGGUUGCUGGACUUUUUGAUGAAUCAUGUAGUUUCGGGUCAUGAUUUCCAGGCCCGAGUGCGCUGGCAACCACGGACAAUUGUCAUGUUUGAUAAUCGGUCCACGACUCACUCCGCCAUCGUCGACUACCUCGACGACGAAUACGGCGCACAACCCCGACACAUCUUCCGACUGUGUGCAUUGGGCGAAAAGCCCAUCCCCGUCCACAACGAGUUCUGA